UCCCCAAACGGUUCAAGAUGGCGAGCAAACAAGCUUUGUGAAAUAAUUUUCGGAAAAUUGCUCCUUGUUUCAUGUAUAAAUAUUGUGAUGAUUAAUCUAGUUAACGAAGUAUCCUUACUUAGAUGGUGAUUAUUAGGAAAACCGUUUCGUGAGGUAAAGAUAAUUAGAUCAACUAUGGCAUCUGAAGAUAUUAUCUUUCAAAAUGUUGGAAGUGAAGUUAGCAUUGAUUGUUGUAGUGAAGAAUUGGUUGCCCCGCUUGAAGGAGUUUCUCUUCCCGCCACAAGUACCAAAGGCGUACGUCGUGCAAAGGUAAAUGAAUCGAGUAAACAGUCUAUGUUAACGGAUGGAUCUUCAAGUCCUUUAUUGGUUUCAGCCGGUGAUAACCAAGCAUCAAAUUUGGCUCAAUUUAUAACAUCGAUACGACCACCGCCUCUUGUUGGCACCUCUGGACCUAUGACUAUUGAACCUAUCGCAAGUGCGACUUCAUUAAUCGGAGGUGUUAAAAAUGUUAAUAUUAACAGCAAUAGCAACAUUAUAAACAGCAAUUCUACCACCGCUGUCAGUGUUUCCAUAAAUAAUAGUAGUACAACCAGUAAUAAUGUUAUCAAUUGUAGCAGUGGAACCCUGAUCAAUGCCAGUCCUGUUGUUAAAAAGAUUCAAACAACUAAUCGUAAUUUGAUUAAAAGACAACCUCAAGCUAUAGCACCAGCCCCGCCGACUCCAACUCAGAAUACCCUUCCAGCUUCUAGUAUUAUAACUAAGGUGAUAAUGACACCAACUGGACAGCAACUUUUGAUAACAAGUCCAGUGAAACAGGGGAGCGACAUUGUUAAUAUUAAGACUGUUCCAAUCUCAAUUCAACCUGCAUCCAGCUCAAAUACCGUCAACAAACCUAUUAAAACGCCAACAACGCCAACUUUUCUAACCACAGGAACUGGCGGGCUCAUUAUGGUUCCAGCACAAUUUGUUCAACAACAAUCUGCCUCUGCUGACCCAUCUCCAGGAUCUGUUUUAACUCCUAUCUCCACCAAAAGUAAUCAAAUAAAAGGACCUACCUCAACCAAUACGAAACCAGUGACUUUGGCUACAAGUAAACCAGUAACAUCUACUCCUACCAGAACCAAUUUUGUACCCAUAGCUCCAAGUCCAAUAUCAAAUCAACAAGCAAGUGCCCUUUCGGCAAGUCAAAUUUUGGCAGGUCUUAGUGGUUCGAAAUCUGCUCAGAAUGGUCCCAAGCUAGAUAAUGACCCCAAUAGGCCUCGUAAACCCUGUAAUUGUACAAAAUCUCAGUGUUUGAAGCUCUACUGUGACUGCUUUGCCAAUGGAGAGUUUUGUAAUAAUUGUAAUUGCAUUAACUGUGCUAAUAACUUGAAACAUGAAGAGGAACGACAAAAAGCAAUCAAACAGUGUCUUGAAAGAAAUCCAAAUGCUUUCCACCCUAAAAUUGGUAAAGGUCGUGGUGACAUAGCAGAACGAAGGCACACCAAAGGAUGUAAUUGCCGUCGUAGUGGUUGUCUUAAAAAUUAUUGUGAAUGCUACGAAGCUAAAAUAUUGUGCUCUGAACUUUGCAAAUGUAUUAGCUGUAAAAACUAUGAAGACUCUUAUGAAAGAAAAACUUUAAUGCACCUGGCUGAUGCUGCUGAAGUCAGGGCAGCACAACAAUCUGUGGCCAGCAAAUCUCAUCUAUGUGGAAGUGAUUUCCGUACCAAGUUGCCUGUUUUCAUGGCAGAUAGAGCUGAAAGGCUGCACUGUGCUUUCAUCACUAAUGAAGUUAUUGAAGCAACAUGUGAAUGUUUAAUGGCUCAAGCUGAUGCCGCUGAAAAACAAGGUUUAAGUCAAGUUGAAGUAGAAAAAUUGAUUCUAGAUGAAUUUGGAAGGUGUCUGAGACAAAUCAUAGAAAGUGCUAAUAACUCUAAAUCAGCCAAAGCCAAUCAAUAAAUUUUACCCAACCAAAACCCAUUGGUGUGAAUUUUAACAUGAUGAAGUUAAAUUAAACAUGGUGAAUUUCUAUAAAUUGACUAUUGAAAUAUCUGAAUUCAAACAAAGAAAAACUUGAAUAAGUCUAAGGCUUAAAUUAUUAUUCAUGUGAUACCAGCCUGUUUUAAUUUGAGCAAAAGGAUUAAUGGAAGUGGUCAGGCUGGAAGUGCUGAACCCUUUGAAAAAAUUUGAGGGAAAAUUUACCAUGCCAAGCUGGUCGCUAGAUUGAAACAAACAGUCAAACAAAUGUUUUUUUAUGUAAUCAACAUCGAUCAACCCUUACGUUGAUCAAUGUGUACACCUUACUUCUUACAUCAUCAUUUCUUUCUUCCCUUUAUUUCUCUUUUUUCCAUCACCUCUUUUUCCUUCUAACAAACUCAUCAAAAAAUAUCACAGGUAUGAGAUUAGUUUAUAUCAAUUGAAAUAGCUAAUGAAACUGUUAAAAAAGCCGACUAUUAUAAUACGAAAAAUUUGACCUUAAUAAUACUAAUUAUGAAACAAUUAUAAAUGAUUUCACUGAUUUCUACAAUGAUCAGAUAAAUAGCAACUAAUUUUUUUCUGGGGAGUCACUUGAUAAACGUAUUCCAUAGUAAACAAAACACAUGUAAAUGCUUGUGAUCUUUUUUCCCUCUUUAUCUCCUUUCCUUUUCCUUCUCUUCUCUCCUACCAUUGUUAGCAAAUUUACAGGCAAAACCCAUCUUAUAUUCAAUUAUCAUCAAAUAUUGUCACCAUUAAACAAAACAAUCUAUUGUAAUUACAAAUUCAAAAGGAAACAAAAAUGUAAAAUUCUUAUUUAAAGAACAAAAACUAAGACAAAAAGCUUGAAUAUAUUCGUAUUUAAGUGAAUCCAAAUCGACUGUUUCAUCUCCAUUUUCAAAAUAUUUCCAUCUACUUUUGAUAAAAGUGCCCUAAAGCAUUUCAUCCUAUCAGCGCUUAACCUACUAAUAUUGCCUUAAGGACAAUCUCGAUUAGGUUCAAGUGACCAAAAAGCGUCAAAAUUGGUUACUUUAACCUUUUUUUUGACUCCUCUCAAUUUUGGCUUAAGCGAUUUGCUAUGAAUAAAGUUGACUUAUGUUAAGAA